AUGUCAAACAAGAAAAAAAUGCUAAUUUGUGGCCUCUUCCAAGCCAUUGGGUGGUUCCUAUUUAUCAUCUUCUUGGGUUUGUACAUCUCGGAAUGGCUUUCGGAGCCGUCCGUCCGACUGGCCGAAUGCCAGUCAGAGCUACAGAACCAGAGCUCUCAGACUCAGGCUCGGAUCGCGUCCCUCGGGCAGUGCAUGGAGGCCAUGGAGAAGGAGAAGAAGAAGGACGAAGAGGAAGGCGGCAGGCUGAGAGUCCAACUGGUGAACGCCAACCAGAGCGUGGACGAGAUGAAAGGGCGUUGGGACGCCUGCCAAACCCAGCUGAAAAGGUUGGAAAAGAACGUCAGCUCCGAAGUGGCGGAAGCCGCCCAGAGAGAAGCGGAGAAGCGCAAAACUGUUGAAGAAGAAGUAAAACAUCUGAAACAGCAGCUUCACGACAAAACAGAGGCCCUGAAGGACGCCCAGCGUCACAGCCAACAGUACCAACGUGAGAAAGAGGAGCAACGAGAGAAAUACGAAGCAGAUAUCCAGCAAUUGCAGGAUGAACUCAAAAACAAGGCAUCAAAAAGUUCCAGAGCGGCUGCUCUUGGAGGUCCCAUCACAGCCCUGUUCCCGAUCAUCUUUGGUGGACUCUUCUUCUUCCUCUUCCUAUAGACUGUUUGGAAUCUGGCACCAACUAAGGACGGCACGAGCAAAGUUUUCUUGUCCUGCUUCAUCUUCAUAACCACACGUCCCCCUCCAGACUUUGGAACUGAGUAGGGCUGUGCACACCCCCUCCUGCCCCGAUUUGCCUCGGAGACUGUUUCAGCACCUCCGAAAUGGCCCUGAUUCAACCCAAGGUGCUUCAGGGCUGGGCUACCUCGCUUCAGAAUCGAAUCAGAAGUGAGGUUCAGCCCUCCCCAUUCGGGUCAGCUCUUAUUGGUUCCUCGGUGCCUGCUAUGUGGCUGUUGUCUAGGAAAGUGGGGUGCAAGGCCAACUAGGUGUCCAUUGGACCCCCCCUGCUCACUCACCACUGUCCCACCCUCUCUCCCUGUUGACCCCUGAACCCGGAGCCGGGGGAAAGAGGAGGUGGAUGGAGGUGAGUCCAAUGGACUCACAUUCAGCCUCACAUUGGCUUUUCUUUGUGAGUGAGCGUGCGGGGGGAGUGGCCCACCACCACCCUGAAUCAGCCCGAGGCACCCCGAAGCGCUUUAACAACAUGUGCAGAUGUUGUUAAAUCCAUUCCAUCUAUAUUUUGCGGAUUGUUAGGUCCCUGUCGUGCCAUCCUCCACUCCUGGAAUCACGCUUUUUAUAGGCACAUAUGGAUAUUUUGUUUGCGUUGGGAGGCGAACACUUCCGCAAAUGUGCACUUCCAUGUCCAUUUGUGGAUUUGCGCAACGGCGCACGUGCGCAGAUACCCACCCAAAAUUUGCAUUUUCACACUUUAGCCAAGUAUCUAUGGUGGAGGGGAAUGUGCAUUUGCAAUUGGUGCUUUUUUAAAAAAAUAUGCAUUAAAAUAUUCUAUAAAAUAUAUCAGUGUCGUUUCCAGCAACUUUUUGUAUUUUUGGAGGACUAAAUUUGCCUACAAUUCUGGAAUUCUUUAUUU